GAUAAGAGCAGUGGAACUACUAGGUGGUAUGAGAGACUCUGACUCAACACUGUGGGCUGCAACAUCAAACAUAUACAUAUAGAGAGAGGGCUCAGCUGAUUGUCAAGUUUCUCUCUCUCUGUAAUUGCUGCAUCAGGGAGGAUCAUCUAGGUGUGUUGAGUGAUGGCAUCAAAGAGGAUCUUGAAAGAGCUCAAGGAUCUGCAGAAAGAUCCUCCUACUUCUUGCAGUGCUGGCCCUGUUGCCGAAGACAUGUUUCAUUGGCAGGCAACAAUUAUGGGUCCCCCUGACAGCCCGUAUGCAGGUGGCGUCUUUCUUGUUACUAUACAUUUCCCUCCGGAUUAUCCUUUCAAGCCACCUAAGGUGGCUUUCAGGACAAAAGUUUUCCAUCCGAACAUCAACAGCAAUGGCAGCAUUUGCCUAGAUAUUCUUAAGGAACAGUGGAGCCCUGCUCUUACUAUUUCCAAGGUUCUGCUGUCUAUAUGUUCUUUGUUGACGGACCCAAAUCCUGAUGACCCUCUUGUACCGGAGAUAGCUCACAUGUACAAGAGCGACCGGAGCAAGUAUGAGACAACUGCACGAAGCUGGACCCAAAAGUAUGCUAUGGGCUAAAUUUAACCUUGCAUAAGACGGCUCCCGGUCCUUGUGCCUUGGAAAAUCUCACUUUCUUUCUUAAUUGUAUGAAACAGUGGAAGCCUCAUCUUUCUGUUUAAGAUGGACGAAAGAGGAAAUCAUGGAAACAUGCUCUCCUUAAAUAGCACUUAUGCUUUCCUUUUGUAUGGGAAUUUGGCUUUAAAAGCAUAUAUAUCCAUUAUCCAGGUAUUUGAAUUGUUCUUUA